CGUGCAAUUUAAACAGAAAGUAGACGCGAAAAUGGCAGGAGGGGCACGACUUAGUGUCCUUUUUGCGGUUGUAUGGAUUUACAUAGUGGAUUUGUGCAGUGGUCAAGUUUUAACCCCUCCGACAUUUAAUUUAGCAAAAGGAAGAACAAUUACAGCAACCGCUACAUGUGGUCUAGGAGUCGCCAAGCCAGAACUAUAUUGCAAACUGACUGGAGCUAAAACGAUUGAUGAAAACCCAGUCGAUGAUGAUGAAUUUGUCAUUCAGGGCCAAAUAUGUUCAUAUUGUGACCCGAGCCAGCCUCGCCUGAACCACUCUGCGGAUCAUGCGAUCGACGGCAGCAGUAACUGGUGGCAGUCGCCUCCCCUUUCCCGUGGUGACGAGUUCAACAAAGUCAACCUCACCAUCGAUCUUGAACAGGAGUUCCACAUUGCAUAUGUUAUCAUCAAGAUGGCUAACUCUCCCCGCCCCGGGGUUUGGGUACUGGAGAAAUCCUCUGACUAUGGUGAAACUUGGCAACCAUGGCAGUACUUCGCAGACACACCCAACGACUGUGUGCGCUUCUUCCAAACCGAGGCUCGCAUCUACCCAACACGUGACGAUGAUGUGAUCUGUGUGACUGAAUUCUCGAGAAUCGUACCUUUGAACGAUGGCGAGAUAUUUGUGUCACUGGUGAAUGGACGACCCAAUGCCAAUAACUUCUCAUACGCGGAUGACCUCAAGGAUUUCAUUAAGGCAACAAAUGUUCGUCUCCGCCUCAUACGAACAAAGAAUCUCCUUGGUCACUUAAUGGCUGUUGCAAACCAGGAUCCAACCGUUACGAGGAGAUACUACUACAGUAUCAAGGACAUCUCACUGGGCGGCCGUUGCGUUUGUAAUGGACAUGCGGACAAUUGUAACUACCUCGACCCUAACCAGCCGGACAAACUGAUUUGCGACUGUCAACACAACACGGUCGGCGAUCAGUGUAAUAUGUGUGAUGCUGCUAAUGGCUUUGUCCAGAAGAAAUGGCAGCCGGCAAGAUCGUAUCCUGCAUUUGAGUGUGAACCCUGUGAAUGUUACGGAAGAGCCACUGAAUGUGAAUAUGACCCAGAAGUUGAUGCCCAAGGCCUGAGUAUUGACAUUCAUGGCUUCUAUAGUGGCGGAGGCGUGUGUCAAAAUUGCGCAUACAAUUCAACCGGUGUUAACUGUGAAAAGUGCAUGCCGGGAUAUUACAAGCCAUACGGAGUGCCGCGAUCACGCCUUGACAUGUGUGAGCGAUGCCAGUGUGACCUGCAUUACCAUCUCGAUGAGUGUGAAGAUGACACUGGGCGCUGUCUUUGUCGCGAGGAGUACACAGGACUUAAUUGUGACAGCUGUGCCGUUGGUUACUAUGGUUACCCAGACUGUAUACCAUGUGAUUGUGACAUUAACGGGACGGAAGGGGAAGUGUGCCACGUGAAUGGCGGUCAAUGUCCAUGCAAAGAAAAUUUCGUCGGAAUUAAGUGCGACAUGUGCCAGAUCGGCUUCUACGAUUUUCCGGAGUGUGGAUCAUGUGGCUGUGACCAAAUUGGUUCAGUCGAUGAUUACUGCGCAGUUGAAGAGGGUCAGUGUCGAUGCAGAUCAAACUACGGCAGUCGUAACUGCUCCGAGUGUGCGGACGGAUACUUCAACUUCCCUGACUGUGCAUUAUGUAACUGUGACCUUGCUGGUACGGAGCCUGAUAUAUGUGACAAAGUGACAGGUGAAUGUCUCUGUGGGCCCACAUACAAUGGGGACCAGUGUGAACAGUGCGCCCGCGGGUAUUACGCUUACCCAUCCUGCAUGCCAUGUGGGUGUCAGGAGCCGGGUUCCACAAGCAACAUUUGUGAGGACAGGAAUGGCCAAUGUACUUGUCGCGGGAACUAUGCCGGGCAGAAUUGUGAGAGAUGUGCACCCGGGUUUUACAGAUACCCAGAUUGUGUCCCCUGUAAGUGUGACCAGUAUGGCUCAAGAGGGGCUUCAUGUGACCAGGAGACCGGCCAGUGUGACUGUUUCUCCAACUUCCAGGGCCUCAUGUGUGAACGCUGCAAGGAGGGCCUCUAUAACUUUCCCAACUGUGAAGAGUGUAACUGCAACCCUGAUGGAGCCCGUCAGGUGCCCGGCUAUCCCCUGGGCGGGUGUGGUGAGGUGAAUAUUGGGCGCCUGUGCGAGUGUAAGGAGCGGGUGGUGGGGCGUAUCUGCGACAUGUGUAAACAAAGAUUCUGGAACCUCAACAGGAAUAAUCCACUUGGUUGUGAAGAGUGUGGCUGUUCACCAGUGGGAACAAUAGCGAGCAUGAAUCGGUGUGAUAUGGGUACUGGCCAGUGCGUGUGUAAGGUGUCCGUUACAGGCCGCGUAUGUGACCGGUGUCGCGAAGGUUACUACAGCCUUGACAGAGAAAAUCUCUUUGGUUGCCAGGAGUGCAAGUGUGAUAUUGGCGGGUCAGCUUCAACAAUUUGUAACAGGGUGACGGGCCAGUGUCCGUGUAAACCAAGAGUACAAGGCCAGAGAUGUGACCAACCACUUCAGCAGCACUUUAUCCCGUCUCUGGACCAGUUCAAAUAUGAGAUAGAAGAUGGAUAUGUGCCUGAGGGAUAUGGGGUUCGAUACGGACACGAUGAGAGAAUCUUCCCAAACUUCUCGUGGAGAGGUUACGCAACCAUGUCUCGACUACAGCCAGAGGUUUGGGUCGACAUCAAGAUCAACAAGCCAAGUCUUUACCGCCUCUUGUUCCAUUAUGUUAACCUCAAUGAGCAAUCUGUAAAUGGCGAGAUCAUCCUUAACCCGAAAUCUCCUCGAGAAACACAACAGACCUCUGACAUCGCGUUCGCACCAAGUCAACAGCCAGCAUUCACAGAUGCUGGAAACUUGGGGGGCCUGAACAACUUUGUGCUCAACCCGGGAGAGUGGACAGUGCAGAUUAAAACUGAAAAUAGCAUCUUCUUGGACUACAUGAUCCUGAUUCCCCAGGCGUACUACGAGGCCACCAUUCUUCAGAACACCGUGUUCCGACCUUGCCUCACCCCAAAUGAUGAGGGACCGUGCUAUCACUAUGCAUACCCAGAUGUUCUUGACUUCCCACGGGUACUUGGGGAAGACGGCUACAUCUGGUCUGGGGAGGACAAACUUCCUGUCCGUCUGUUUGCCGAGGUAGAGAUCCUCAAUGAACUUGAUGUGGACACCAUGGCCAUUCUUGACCCUAGCCAGGACUCGUUCAACUUGGACCUGAACAUUCCCAAGAAGGAUCGCUACGUCCUUGUGCUCAACUAUUACUCUCAGGGCAAUGGGACACAGUCUGUUGGGUUCAACAUCAGCACAACUGGAGACCAAGCAGCUGCCAUACUGUACAAGUGCCAAUACAGCUCAUUGUGUCGUCAAGUGUUGCUUGGCUAUGACGAGAUGGAAGCCAUUUUUGAUUUUGAAGAGGGGGUUAUACAUAUUGGCGUGCUUGGGGAUGAGAAUGUAUAUGCAGCCAUUGAGUCAAUAGUGGCCAUUCCAUACUCGGUCUGGUCCAUGGGCUACAUCCGCCCGAGCAUCGUCUGUAUACGCAUCAACGGAGAGUGUGUGCAGUCUCGUUAUGCCACACCGGUCGGCUCUGUGAGAAUCGACUUUGAGGAGUUGCCCAAUGAUCAUCUUAUCACCGAUGUGUAUCCGCCAGGUGUGUCCGACACAGAUAUUGGACUCAUCCAGUUGAAUAGAACUCAGAACCUGAUUGUCCUGUUGGGCCAGGCAAGGAACCCCGGACCAAACAAGUUCAUUGUUCACUACUACCUGCCUUACUCGGACGGACAGGAAAUACAAAUCACCAUGUUUGCCAAUGGUCAGGAAUACAAAGGAACUUUCACGCCACGAUUCUGCCCAAGUGAACAAGGAUGUCGAGAUGUGAUCUUCUUUGACGAGACUGCCUACACUGGUGUGCUGAACCUGCAAGAUACUAACGUCAAGAUUGUCUUCAACAACACCAGCGGUCAGCAAAUAUGGCUGGACUACUUGUUGAUCAUCCCAUCAGAGAAAUACAGCCCGACCGACAUCUUGAUUUUGCCUGUGGACAACUCAAGGAAUUUCAUUGACACAUGUCUGGAUGAAGGCUACAAAAUCAGGACCCCUAUAAGUGACUUCUGCGAGAAGAGCCUGUUUUCCUUGACAACUGAGUUUAACAACGGGGCCCUCGAGUGUGAAUGUGAUAUUGAUGGCUCCCUGAGUUUCCAAUGUGACGCCAAUGGUGGGCAGUGCCCGUGUAGACCAAAUGUGAUUGGUAGAACCUGCUCCACUUGCCGGGUGGGAUAUUACGGAUUCCCCAGAUGUCAGCCUUGUAACUGCCCAUUUGGCCUGUGUGAACAGUUAACGGGUCAGUGUAUCUGUCCGCCACGUGUCACAGGAGAGAAAUGUGAUGUCUGCGAACCUGAGACCUAUGGAUAUGACACCCUCAUUGGAUGUCAGGAAUGUCAAUGUAACAGCAAUGGUGUUAUGGAUGGAGAUAUGAACUGUGAACAGGACAGUGGACAGUGCAGAUGCAGGCCCGGUAUUGGAGGUCGCAAGUGUGACUACUGUAUUGCGGGAUUCUACAGUUUCCCUUACUGUCAGGAGUGUGACUGUGACUAUGACGGUACUAUGGACGAAAUAUGUGACCCCGCAAAUGGGGCUUGCAUUUGUAAGGACAAUGUAAUUGGACCCCGUUGUGAUACUUGCGGCCUGAAUACCUACAACUUGGAGCCGACCAAUCCACUCGGCUGUUCUUCAUGUUUCUGCUUUGGUAACACUGCCAACUGCCGAGAGUCUGACCUCUACUGGGAGCCUCACAUGGACAUGCUUGGUUGGGGAGUGACAAACACCCUGGAUGGUGAAGUGUACGAAUCACGCACCACAAUUGCAGUUCUGGAGGCUUUGGAUAAGAUUGACCAGACAAAUAUGUCCAUGUACUGGAUGGCACCUGAAUCAUAUCUCGGAAAUAAGGUGUUGAGCUACGGAGGAUUCCUCCAAUACACAUUGAUAUUUGUGUUGCCAAGGAAUGAAACCAUAGCUACAGAAGCCCUGAUAGAACCUGACCUUGUACUUGUUGGUAACCAUGGUGAUCGUGUGGAACAUACUGCGGUCAUUCAGCCGUACGAUAGUUCUUCAACACAGAUGUCUGUGCAGUUAUAUGAGUACAAUUUCCGGUACCCCGAUGGCAAGCCUGUUGACCGUGAGGCAUUCAUGAUGAUCCUGGAGAAUCUCGGAGCCAUGCACAUUCGGGGCUCGUAUUACAGUCUUGUUGAUGAAAUAAGACUGAUGGAGGUGGAGCUUGAUGUCGCAAGUGAAAAUGGAACCGGAGAGCGUGCCAUAUCCGUGGAGCAGUGUCAGUGUCCUCGGGGCUACAGCGGCGCCUCAUGUGAGGACUGUGCGGAUGGGUACUACCGAGCGCGCAACUAUCCUUUCCUCGGGACAUGUGUGCCAUGUGACUGUAAUGGACAUGCGGAUAGUUGUGACCUGAGCACAGGAGUGUGCAUUGAUUGCCAUGACAACACCAUGGGAGACCACUGUGAGCAGUGUUUGCCUGGUUACUAUGAUGACCCAUACAGAUCAGGAUGUUCCAUCUGUGGCUGUCCUCUACAGGUUGAUUCAAACAAUUUUGCUGAUCAGUGUCGAGUGAGCAGUGAUAACAUCCUACAGCGAUGUGAGUGCUUUGAUGGCUAUACUGGAGACAGAUGUGAAAGAUGUGGGCCUGGUCACUAUGGUAAUCCAAUGACGAUCGGUGAAACAUGCGAGCUUUGUCAGUGUAGCGGAAACAUCGACAGACGGGACCCAUAUUCCUGCGAUCACCUUACUGGCGAGUGUCUGCGGUGCGAAAACAACACCACAGGACCACAGUGUGAGCGGUGUCAAGACUGGUGGUAUGGCGAUGCCAUUUCGGAAAAGGAUUGUGCUGAAUGUUCAUGUGACCAGUGUGGUGCGCUACUGUGUGGAAGUCAGAAUGGAGAGUGCUCAUGUAAACCCAACGUGAUCGGCAUGAACUGUGACCAAUGUGCUCCUGAUACAUGGGGCUUUUCUGAGUGUAACGGAUGUGUACCAUGCGGAUGCGAGGAAGCAGCGAUCUCAAGCCAAUGUGAUCUUGACAACGGCACAUGUUCGUGUCAACCGGGCGUGCGUGGAGACAGGUGUCAAGCGUGCAUACCUGGACACUGGAACUACGGGUCUUGGGGAUGUGACAUGUGUGAUUGCGAGUUUGAUGGAGCAGUGACUUGUGACCCAGUUGAUGGAAGGUGCCAGUGUCUACCAGGUGUUACUGGUUCUAAGUGUGAGCAGUGCUUGGAUCGAUGGGUGCUGAUCCCACAGGAGGGGUGCCAGGAGUGUGACACAUGUAUUGACAACCUGCUUGAUGACCUUGAGGUCCUGGAAGUUGAUGUGGAGAGUGUGAAGGGCGGGCUUGAAACUGUCUCCAUCGGUGUGGAGGCCAUGAAGAGACUGGACAGGGCAAACGCUUCCAUAUUCACUCUGCAGCCACAGGUCAAUUCAGUGCUGUACGAGUCUGAGAACAUCACACUGGAGCCAGUAUCUCUGGAACUUCAGCAAAUGGAACUGUAUUCUAACACCAUUAGGACCAGGUCGGAGGCGGCAAUUGCUGAUGCUGAAGAUCUAGUGGACGAGGGUAGACUGCUGUAUGAGAGUACUGAUGGUGCCAUGAAUCUUGGCUCUGAGAGUGAGAAGGCGGCUGCAGCUGCUAUCAGCUACAUCAAUGGCGUCUUGCAGCAGAUAAACGAGGGAAUCAAAGUGACAAACAUCGAGACAUACAUCACCCUAUCAGAGAGAAUUAUUGGCGAACUUGAAGCCCGAAACUUCACUGGACAGAAUGACACUCUUGCUAGUGACAUUGAAGAAGCUGAGAUGUUACUGGAAGGUGUAAAGGCUCUACAACUGACACCUCAGAAUCAGGCCACUUUCCGUGACACAGUCUCUGAUGAUAUUGAUGAGGUCAACCGGCGGCUCUUAGAUCUACAGGUAAACAGCGAGGAUUCGGAAGCUACGACCACCAAGGCAAAGAGCAUUCUUGCAGAACUAAUCCUCAACACAAAUCCAAAGAUUGAAAUGAGCGUCGACGAGAUCUUACUCGGGGAAGAUUUGACUCAGGAAUCCCUUGAAGAGUCCAUGCAACAGCUCAAUGAUUCACAGAACAACCUAGAUAUGGCUGCAGAGGAGCUGCAGAAUCUGUCUCGUGUGUCAUCCAUGUUGAUGCAGGGAAGGGCGGCCCUAAAACAGUUUACGGACAUCUACAGUGACCUUGACCAGUCCGAGAUCUAUGUUAACCAGACAGCUGACCAUGCUGACAUGCUCAAUGAACAGGCCGCCAUCUUGGAAACUGUAUACACAGACACACGUGCAAUUGCUUCCAAUGCAGUAGCUGCAGGUCGAGCCUAUGAAAACAUUGUAAAGGCUAUCAACGAUGCUAGUGAUGCUGCCAAUGUCACCUUCGAUAAUGCCGACUCAGCAGCUGUAGAUUCAAAUGGUGUCGGUGAGCUGUCAAAGAACUUCACCAUGUCCAGUGAAGAACUGCUGAUUGAGGCCAAACUCCGGUUUAAUGCCACACAAGUUGACUUACUGGACCGCCUGGACAGUGCUAAGGCUGGUACCAUGGUCGUGGAAGGACUCAACAAGGAAGUCAGUAUUGCAGGGAACCAGAUCAAACAGAGACUUCUUACUAUUCCUGUUGGUGAGGUAGGUCAGAAAGCCAAUGAUGUGUCAGCCAAUGGUGAAGCUGCCGGUCAGAGAGCGGAAGACGCCAAGGUUAAAGUCAAGGACAUUCUCAAAGACCUUCCAAAACAGCUGGAGAAAACUGUGCCACUCACUAACGAUGCUCUCAACACCAAGAGGGAUAUUGUACAGGCCCGGGCUCAGGUCAAUACAGUACAGAAGUUCAUCCCGAACAUCCAAACAUUGCUGACAGACCUCACUGCUGAGUCCGAGAGAGUUAUGGUUCUUGGACAGCAGGUGAAAACCAACAUUGCUGCCCUGAAGGAGAAAAUCGCCAUCGCAAGAAACCAGGCUAAUCUGAUCAGAGUUGGUCUGAACUUCCUCGGCAACACGACAGUUGAGCUGCGAAAUCCCCGCAACGUUGCGCAGGCUGGCUCGUACAGUGACGUGUCACUAUUCUUCAAGACAACAGAUGAGAAUGGUCUGCUAUUGUAUGCCGGAAGUGAAAUGUCAGGAAGCAAGAAACCGAACCAGGACUUCAUGUCCAUCGAGAUUGAGAAUGGUAAUGCUGUGUUCAAGUACAACCUGGACUCUGGCCUUGUGAAGAUAAAUCACCCACACUACGUCUCUGAUGGGCAGUGGUACAAGGUCACAGCUAAAAGGAUUGGCAAGGCAGGAACGUUGCUUCUCGAACAGGACCAAAACAAACCAGAGUUGCCUCCAGUGAUGGGCGUCGCUCGGGGCUCAAACACCGUCCUUGACCUUCACCCUCUCACAACCAAGUUCUACAGUGGUGGACUGCCAGAAGAGGCCACCAUGAUAUCUGAGGAUGUGACAAGGGAUACGUAUGUCGGCAUUAUCGAGGACAUCAAGUUUGAUGACAACCCAAUGGGUGUGUGGAACUUUAAAGAAGGAAAUAACAACUAUAAGGGAGCCAGAGAGAGAGACAUCCUGACAUCAGUAGUAUCCAAUGGUUUCCGAUUUGACGGAGCUGGAUUUGUCAUUUUAAGCACUUCUCAGACUGGCUGGAAACCUGCCGUUAAGUCACAGGUGUCCAUGAAGUUCAAAACAUAUGCUCCAAAUGGUCUACUCUUCUUUGCUGGUGAAGAUCGGGACUUCAUAUCAAUUGAAUUACGUGAUGGCAAGGUCCUGCACCAGUAUGACCUUGGCGGAGGGCGUGUGCAGUUAGAGUACAAGUUUAAGGAAGUGAAUGAUGGAGAAUGGCAUGACGUACAGAUUAACCGACGCAACAAGACCGGGAUGCUGUUUGUGGAUGGGGAUGGAAUUGGCCCUGUGGAUUCACCUGGCAGUCUUACGCAGCUGUCCAUCACCGACGAAAUCUCCAUCGGAGGUUACUCAGGGAUCAUACUUCCUGUCAGCGACGUUACAAAGCUUGGAUUUGACGGCUGUAUAGAGGAUGUGGCACUGCAACUCGGAACAUGGGACCUUAAUGAGAAUACACAGGCCAAGGGAGUUAGCCCUGGAUGCCCAGCACAGAUCUUGCGAGUUGCAACUUAUGAGGAUCAACAACUGUCCUUCAUUGCCAACCCCAUCGAGAGUAUCGGUGAGAACUUUGACCUUACCUUCAAAAUGAAGAGCAAGCAGGAGGAAGCACUCUUGAUAUUUGCUGCCAAUGAUGAUCAGUCUGUUGGAUUCUCAGUGUCGCUGGUUCAAGGGAAAAUAUCGGUUGUAAGUAACCCUGGUAAUGAGCGCCUUGAAAUCACGAGUCGGGUAAACACGUACAAUGACGGUCGCUGGCAUUAUAUCUCCAUAAUGAAGAAGGGCAUAAGCCUUGAGAUGAACAUUGAUGAUUAUGAGACCGUUCGCACCAGAGGCACGGACGGCUUCACAUCUGUAGAUACCACCUCGCCCUUGUACUUUGGUAACGCUGACAUUAACGUCCCAACAGAGCUGGCAAAUAGCCAAGAACAGUUUGGUGGAUGUAUCGGUGACGUCACGAUCAAUGGACAAUUCUUGAACUUUGCGGUUCUCCAGCCAACCCAGAGACCAAACAUUGCCUUGGCAGGAUGCCCGAUUCCUGACCCUGAGGGUCCAUACAACAGGGACCCCCUGCCAACUCUAUAUCCACCCACAGAGCCCCCAUCAACUACAGAGGCCCCUACUAUGCCCCCAGGCCAAUGUGCGCUCACCCCUGUUGAACCUCAGGAGCUCCCAGAGGAGAGCCGAAAGGGAUUCUAUUUUGGGGCCUAUCCUGGCAGUCGACUGGAAUACGAGUCACUGCCAUCUCUUCUCAGGAUUAGAGGUGUGAUAACGCUAGACUUCAAGACAUCUGCUGAGAAUGGAGUUCUUCUGUACUUUGCUGACACGAAACACAUCGACUUCAUCUCGAUAACUCUUCAAAACGGCAUGCUGCGAUUUGCGUUUGACUGUGGUUCUGGCUCUGGUGAAAUUAUCAGUGAGGGAAAGGUCAAUGAUGGCAAAUGGCAUUCAGUUACAGCAGCCCGGAAUUUUAAGGAAGGCGCUCUACAGGUUGACGGGAUUGAGGUCGGCAUUAUGAGCUCGGGAGGUCGAUCAAGGUCACUGAAUGUGAAAGCUCCUUAUUAUAUUGGCGGCGUUAACACAUCUUUAGUCAUUGACAAGGGUCUGAAGAAUUUGAACAGUAUAACAACGGACUACGUUGGAUGCAUAGCGAACAUACAAAUAUCAGGCGAGGAUAUGGGUGCAGCCCAAGAACCGAAAGGUGUCUUACCUUGUCCAGAUGAGAUGGCGUCGGGAUACACAGCUGAGAUUGGGGCAUACUUCUAUGGUGAUGGAGGAUAUGUCAAGCUUGUGGAUGCGUUCCAAGUAAAGCGAAACCUUGAAUUAAGCAUAGAGAUACGCCCCCGUAGUUUUGACGGUGUGAUCUUCUCUGUACAUGGCGACAAGGGAGACUUUGUUGUCCUACAGCUUGUGGAUGGAGAGCUCUGGUUUACCGCAGACAAUGGCGCUGGCUCAAUAAUCGCCAAGAUACAGCCUGAAAUGAACAACAAGUUCUGUAAUGGAGCAUGGCAUUCAGUUAUUGCCACAAAGCGCCGUAAUGUUGUAACGCUGUCGGUUGAUGGUGCGGACCCUGUGACAGCUACCAGCUCGGGAACUGCUACGUCAGCUGACACAAACAAUCCCAUUUACCUUGGAGGAAAGCCGGACACGAUAAUGAAAGGUAUUCGUGCGCAGGAUGAUUACAUGGGCUGCAUGAGGAACCUUUACAUUAAUGGCGAGUCGCAAUUCCUGGCAACAGGAGUUGCGUUCGGAGACGUAUCCCUCACGUCAUGUCCUGCUGCUUAGUGAACGAUGAUUAAAGUUUUAAAUGAUAAAGAUACUGGAUACAAAAAACUAUGUGACAUAGCCAGCGAAAAUGUGUCCUGUCGGGGCAGUGACUGUUAUAUAAUGGAAAAAAUAACAAGAUUUAACCAAGAUAUAUAACUUCAAGAUUUAUGGAAAUUAAAUGAGAUGUAUUUUUCAAAAAUUAUUUCAAAAUAGUAACAACUUUCCUCUUGUUAGGUUCAUUGCUUAAAAUGAAACAACUUUUAUCUCUACACGACUUAUUUUCGCUGAUGACGUCACAUAAUGAUUGAAAAUGGACCUGUCUCCUGAACAUGCUAGAUGCCACUGUUACUGUAAGAUCUGCCAUCUGGAUUAUAUUGUCAACGUCCACCUAGAUGCAUAGUGGAUACAUUAUAAUUGUCUUAGAUUCAAAUUUUGAAAUGGAUAUAUUAUAUUAUAUUAAAACAUAUUUUUUUAUAAUAAGUUAACUAAGUGUUGAAAAGAUUUUGAAAAAAAAAAUGAUUUGAACUAUACAGAAACAAUAGGAUUGUGUUUUAAAUAUUUGUUUUUGGAAUAAACAGUGCAUGAUAUUUUAUUGUAUAUUUGAAUAUUACAACAGAAAAAAAGCUAGAUACAAGUCUUGAUUAACAAGUAUUGUUUACUUUUAAAUACUCAAUAACUAGAUGUUUUAGCAUAUUAUCACAUUCUUGAAAAAAAUAGAAGUAAUACUAUCUUCAUUGCUCUCUUAUUUGUUAAUAAAAUACAGCAAUAUAAUAUUAAGUUGAUUAAGAGAUGACUUUAGAUUUUCAUAUUUCAAUCUAUGAGUUAAGAUGUUAAUUAUCAAACAGACUUUAGAGAGAUUGAGUUAAGAUUUUCAUCUUCCAACAGACUUUAGAGAGAUUGAGUUAAGAUUUUCAUCUUCCAACAUAAAGAUUAGCUAGAAUGUGUUGUGAAAUGAUGUAACAUAUAGCAGCAUAAUAAUAUAAUUUUACAGUAUUACGUGAUGAUGGUAAAAGAGAGUGUGACUUUAGCAAAAGGCAUGGCGCUACGAAUAAGGCAAUCUCCUCCUCUAGUCAGUUUUGCUCAAACUUUGUUUUAUGCAUUUUCUUUUUUAAGGCAUUUUGUUUUACUCAGUUUUAGCCAUUAACUAUUUUAAACAUUCAGAGUUUUAAGAUUCUUGAAAUUUUAUUUGGUUACAUUUUAAAUGAUGUUUGCUGAAAUAAGUAUAAUUUUGAAAAAGAAAACAAUGAAAUUCUUAGAUUAUUCUACUCAGAUGUAAAAAACGGGUAUUUUAAAAAGAGAUAUUAUUUUUUUCCUUUGCAACUUGCUUUUCUUCCUAGAAACAUUGCUAUGAUGGCUUUUGAAAGAUUAAAUUUGAGGUCUUUUUAAAUGAAGACUUGAUGGUUUUUGAAAUAAAGAUGUUUUGCCUUUUAAAUAAACAUUUGAUAUCAACUUUUGAACUAGACAUUUGAUUCAACUUUGAUAACACAUUUAAUGAAUUGAAAUAACAUAGAUGACGACUUGAAGUCAUUUAAUGACUUGCUGUAAAAGUAAAAAAAAAAUCAGAAAAUUAGGAUAAAUUUAAGUUCAGAAAAAGUUACAAUGAAGUUAAUUGUUAAUAGUAAAAAGGUACUUUGUCUUAUAGGUUGUCAGAUUAUAAACUAUAAGAUGGUGAUAGUAAACUGAUUUUUUAAAACAAUCAAUUUUACAAAAUCAAUUAUCAUUUAUUAAAGAAAUAUUGUUACAUAAAACAAAUGAUAUUGACUAUGUCUCGAAGCAUCAUUGCAAUGUUUUUACCUGCUUGAUAAUAUUUUGUUUUUGUUUUCAUGUUUCUGUACAUUCAUUCAUGUCAAUUUGUCAUUGUAAUAUUUAAUCAUCGAAAAACAUUUUGUAUAUGUUAGUUAUUGUUAUUCCGAAUCCAUGAAAAAGUUUCCAGUUAAGAGUAUGAUAAGCCAGUAAUUAUUUAAUUCAAGAAUCAUGUUGAAAAUAAUAUAAAUUUAUAAACUUAUUAUUGCAGAAAAUGAAUGUAUGCAAAUGUCAGAAUAAAACUUAAAUAUCA